AAACUUGUUCAAAAUAAUAAUGAUAAUGUCUGACUGAUAAGCUUUUUCUUUUCACAUUAACAUUCAGUUACCCUUCAGCAGAAUAAUUACCAAUUUAUCACACAGCGAGUGAUCUUUACAAUCCCCUAAAUAUAUUCUGCAAGCGUUUGUUAAUAUCACUUGGCUAUAAGUCAUCAUUGAGCAGUACAGUUUAAAGAGGGAGAUUUCAGCCUUGUGGUACCCAGAAUGCAGUGAGUAUUGCACUGACAGCAACAGCAUCAGCUCUCUCCUCCUCCUCCUCCUCAAGGCUCCCUCCCUCUCCAGCAUCCUCACAUCCCUGUGGUUGUUUCCUAAUGCAAAGCAGCACAUAUAUCCAGAGAGAUCAGGCCUUGGGAUAUCCCAAGCAUGGGCCGCCAGUAAGAGCAAUGGGAGACCAAAAGACUGGCAUUGGGGGCUUAAUGCUUGCUCACGGCACAGAGCCAGAGAUGGAUGGUAGAAUCCAGAAGGCUGUAGAGUUCAAGGCAGAAGGAAAUUGCUAUUACAAAGACAAGAAAUUCCGUGACGCUAUUGGCAAGUACCACCGGGCUCUACUGCUGCUCAAGGGCGUCCAUGAAGAAGAGGAGGAUGGAAAAGCAAAUGGUAGGGAAGCAGCAAGGCUGACGGAUGCUCAGAGAGUCCGGGUGGAGGCCACAGAGAUUGAGUGUUACGACAACCUGACUGCCUGUUUACUGCAAUCGGAGCUGGUGAACUAUGAGCGAGUGAAAGAAUAUUGCCUGAAGGUGCUGGAGAGACAGAACACCAACUUCAAAGCCACCUACCGAGCUGGAAUUGCCUUCUACCACCUCGGGGACUAUAGCAAUGCCCUGCUGUACUUGAAGGAGGCCAGAAGACGGGAGCCCUCAGAUACCAAUGUUCUGCGGUACAUCCAACUGACAGAGAUGAAGGUGCAGAGAUCCAGCCAGCAAGAGAGGAAAGGAUUAAAAGAAGUUAUUGGAUAACCAGCUCCUUUCCUCUCGCAGUCUCUAACCCUUUUAUCAGACUUAGGAUCCCAUCUAAGGAAUGGAAUAAUGACCUGCUGCAAUGUAAAGCCAUGGGCAGCUAAACCAGCCUGUUUCAGUAGCCACCAGUGUAUGAGGAUACGGAAUAGAAUCAGGAGAGAACCACUAGCCAGAUGUCAAACCGUUUAAGUGUCUUUAAAAAAAAUCUUCAUAUUUCUCAUUUUGACGGCCUAUAUGUAAAUAUAUAUAUAUGUUUGUUUGUACGGAUGCAUAGAUAUAUAUAUAUAUGUAGUAUAAAUAUAUAUACAUAAAUAUAUAUAAAAUAUGAUAAUUCUGCCGCAUUUAAUGAUCACAAUGAUAUCCACUAGGCAUAGCUAUACUGUAUUCUGAAUAUCCAUGGAUGCUCAUGUCUCUCACAUGGUUGUUCAGCUUUAGAGUGGAGUCGAGUGCUUCCACCAGAGCAAAUCGGCCUUAGGUGCCAGCAGAUAAUAGGACAAUCUGCCGAAAAACAGAAUAUACACGUAGGUCCAAAAUUUGCAAUUUGUGCUUGGUUAGCUCCAAAAAAAAAGACACAAAUGCGGUAACAUUUUUGGGCCUUUCUGGGCCCUUUGUCAAGCCUCAGAUGAUUAUUUUUGACCAAAAUCAUCCUUAUUCAUUAUUGAAAAAUUGAAAAGUUGCCGGUGGAGACCAAUGGUUGAAAUUAUCAGCACGACACACUAGGGAAUACUAUUUUCUGCAGUCUUUAUUUUAAAGGGAUUCUGUCAUGAUUUUUAUGAUGUUUUUAUUUCUAAAUUACACUGUUUACAAAUAAUU